CCACGGUGAUGCUGGUCUCCAUAGCAACGACGGGCACACCUGUGUCAGUGGAGCUCCCAUCAAAUCUAUCCAAGCGGGACCUUGGCAACUUCCCAGUAAAGACUCGCUCACCUCCAGCUUCAUCAUCCUCAUCACAGCGCUCUGAGAGCAGCAGACGCCGAGCUCAUCCGGCAUCAGCUGCCAAGCAUCCUGCUCGCCCUGCUCACCAUGACAACACAUCCAGCAUAGCUCCCACCCCAUCCCUUGGUGCUGAUGGGGGGUCUGGUAACCUUGGAGAUGGCGCACAUGGCAUUCACCUGCUGUUACGCCCACCAGACCUCCUGACACCCAGUCAGAUGCCUCCUCUCCACGGCCACAGCCCGCCUACACCGGCACCUCCCACUCUGAUUGCACCUGAGGACCUGUACCCUGCCCACUCUGUGGAGGUGGACUGGGGUUCUGGAGAUUAUCUGGAGACUCUAACCUUCAUGGGCUCGGAAGGUGAGGAGUUUUCUAUGGUCACCACCCUCCCAACUCAUGGAUAUGACCCUUAUGAUGAUGACGAUUUUAGCGCUGGGGUCAGUUACAACACAGCCUUUCCCUCCCGGCCUGUUCUCACCCUUUCCUCUAGAGUCCUUCUCCCUAGUGUAACCGUGGGAUACGGCACCAACCUAAGGACUGCUCACCCCACUGAUCCCCGCCUGCCCCAUGUCCCUGACUCCACCCAGGACGGUAAUGAUGAUCUGGAUUUUGAUUGGGCAGAACUAUACCCUAUUGAGCCCACUGAGAUGCUGCUUCCAGACAUGAACAGUAUGGAGUACUACAACACUCUGCAGGCCAAAGAGAAUGCCAGUGCUGCUAGGAACCACACACACCCAACUCAUCCCCACAUCAAACCUACAGCCACACACACACACCCUGCACGCCCCACGCACCCACCCUCUACCUCUCUGGGUGCAAGCCCUGCGGAAGCGCCAGACCAAGUGGACAGCCAUCACCCUAUAGCCAUAGCUACACCCACACCACAGCAAAAACCUGCCUCACCCUCUGACUCCUCUCUGGAUCAUCAGCAGCCUGCUGGUGCCCCCUCUCUUCCAGGAAAAGCACCUCCUCACCCGUCCUUGCCCAGCCCUAAAGCAGGUAGUGCCCAGCCCUCAGCUCAAACCCCACAGGUCAUCUCACAGGGUCCGGCUAUACAGGCUGUCACAUUCAAACCCCCCUCUCCUCCAAAAGUUCGCACAACUACCAAACCCACUACUACUACAACUACAACAACCACAACCACCCUCUCUACCAAGCCUCUGAUUCCUCCUACACCCAGAGUCCCUCUCUCCAUUGCACCUCGACAGUAUGUCUGCAACAUCACCAAGCCAGACAUGUACCUAGUCAGAGUGGGCAUGCCCAGUGGGGCCUCUGUGCCGUUUGCUAAGGCUCAUGUAAAAGAGAUUCUGAGACGAGAGUUCAACCGCUCAGUAGAGCUGCAGGUCCUCAAAGCCCCACCCAAUUUUGUCUUCCGGACAGUGUCUGGACCACUGGUAUACACAGCAGUGUCAAUCAUCAAUGCACUACGCCAGUCAGCACGCAGCACCUCCUCCUCCACCAUCCUUGCAGUCUCACCCAUAUAUGCAGUGCCUGACUACAAAUAUCAGGUGCAUUCAGUGCUGCAGUUUGUGCCGAGUCAUGUGGACGUACGCGUGUGCAGCUUUAGUGAACGUGUGGAGAAGGGGCUACUCAUGGCCUACGCGGAAGUGCGCAAGCGGUCACAGGAAAAUGGAAACUUCACUGUACAUAUUGUGAACAUCACGGUCAGCAUGACAAAAGGCCAGCGGCAACAGAAGACUCCAGUGGAAAUCACUUUCGCUGUCCGAGAUUCUCAUGGCUACCUCAAGGGGUCAGAUAUCAGCUCCCACCUGAGGCAGCUUAAUGUGGUGGAGUUCAGCUUCUACCUGGGAUUCCCUACCCUGCAGAUCGCAGAGCCGUUCCAUUACCCAGAACUGAAUAUAUCUCACCUACUACGGUCGUCCUGGGUGAAGACAGUGUUACUGGGUGUGUUAGAUCAGCGUGUGAAUGAGAGGACCUUCCAGGCUAAGAUGGAGAGGCGAUUGGCUGUGUUAGUGGGGGAAGGGCUUGGGCUAGGCAGUGGCCGACGCUGGAGAAGGGCCACCGCUGUGGGUAACAACAGCGUGCAGAUUGUACGAGCUUCACGGUUGGACGGAGCAGAUAACCCUCUGGAGUUAGUGUAUUUUGUGGAGGCGGGGUCAGGAGAGAGGUGGUCAGCUCAGAACACAGCUGCCAUGCUCAACAGACUCAACCUGCAGAGGGCAGCCAUCGUGCUAGGCUACCGUGUGCAUGGACUGCUGGCCACACCGGUGGAGAAACUGGCCCUUCCCCCUUCAGAGACGCAACCCAGUAAUGUGUGGCUGAUUGUUGGGGUGGUGGUCCCUGUGGUGGUUGUCAUCCUCAUCGUCAUCAUCCUCUACUGGAAGCUGUGCCGCUCAGAGAAACUGGAAUUCCAACCAGACGCCAUGAGCACCAUCCAACAGAGACAAAAGCUUCAGGCUCCCAGUGUGAAAGGUUUCGACUUUGCCAAGCUUCACCUUGGACAGCACAGUAAAGAUGACAUCAUGGUGAUCCAAGAGCCUGCACCUUUACCACAGCCUGUAAAAGAGGCCACGCCCUCUGAGGGUGGAGAACUGAACACGCCCAAGUCUAAGAGUUCAUCUACUAAAGCAUCACGUGCUCGACGGAGGGGCAGAUUGUCUCCUUCUGAUGGUGACUCACUGGGCAGUGAAGUGUCAAGUGGCAGAGAGUCAGCAGAGGAAAGCACCAGACCUGCAGUUACACCCAGCGACAGCAAACCUCACCACCGCAAGAGCAAGCAUGCAAAGAACAAACUUGGUGCAACAUCAGGCAGUGGAGUGGAUGAACAGUUAUCGUCCUCUUCCAUAUUCGAACAUGUGGACCGCCUGUCUCGAGGUUCAUCUGAUGGAACCCGACGAGUGUCCAAUAAGAUCCAGCUAAUCGCCAUGCAGCCCAUGCCAAGCCCGCCUCCUCAUUCACAUAACCAAGCCCUAAGCCCUGCCCUCACUGAACGGGUGCCUGACGGAGCCAAGGUUAACUCUGAGAUUCAGGUUGCUCUAAGGCAUAAGUCUGAGAUUGAGCACCACCGGAAUAAGAUACGGCUACGGGCAAAAAGAAAAGGCCACUAUGAGUUCCCCUCCAUGGAGGACAUUAUGGCAGCGUUCGCGGACACCUCAGAGCAGCAGCGGGUGUACCAGCAGGCUCAGGAGCAGAUACACAAGAUUCUGCAUUCUGAUGCACAAACACCAUCACCCAGCAGAGAGCCACACAGGAGCUCCAGAGGCAGGCGUUCUCCCAGACAUCGCCAAAGGCAGAAUACAAGUGGUAAUGGUAGUCUGACUGAUAAGGACCGCCUUAUUACUGAUGGAGAUGCUACAUAUAGGAAGUACCCAGGAGUCAACAAUGUGGCCUACGUGUCUGAUGCAGAUCAGCUCCCUGAUGCCGGUAGCCCCUCCCCCACCGAUGAGGUGUUUGUUGACCCGGGAUCUCCUCCUCCUGGACCAGCACCUGCUCCACCUAGUUAUGUCCCACCUCAGCCAACCAUUGAGGAGGCACGCCAGCAAAUGCACUCACUGUUGGAUGAUGCCUUUGCUCUGGUUUCACCCUCCUCACAAGGGAGCUCUGCCCCUCUCACGCUCACUGGGGUUACAGCAAUUACUGGAGUGGGUGGAGUCAGCCCUGUUGCACCCUCUAGCCCGCCCCCACGUCCUCUCCGCCAAUGGGGAUCCUCUUCCUACCCAGUAGCUCCUGCGCACAGCCCUUUCUCUGCUAGAUACGCUGAAUUAGGAAUGUCACCCACAUCUGUCCAGGGCUUACUGCAGAGGCAGGCGCUGGGCUCUGGCUAUUUGGUGUCAGGAGAGCUGCAGUCAGAUCCUGGGUAUUCCAGCAGAGGGCAAUACGGAGAUGACCUUCCAUCCUCCUCUCGACCACGACCAGUAGGGGGCAGCACAGGUGCACAGUUGCAUCAGCUGACGCAGGUGGGCUUGUCAAGUCGGAUUGGCAUGUACCCUGGGGUGGGCCGUAGUGUAUCCGGACCCUCAGGAUCCAGUUGGGCCCAGUACCGCUCAGAUGAAGAGGUCUCCAGGCCAGGAGCCAACCGUGAGACUAUCCUGUCGUUCCCUGAGUACUCCUCCUCUCCCGUAUUCCAGAUGCCUCGGACAUCCCUGAGAGACCCUCCCACCCCACAGGCCCACUUGGACCCUCCCACGCCAGGCUAUGCUGCCCCUGAGGAGUCCUCUCCGUCCCCUCAGUCCUCUGCCUCUCUCAUUAAGGCCAUCAGGGAGGAGCUGCAAAGACUGUCCCAGAAGCAGGCUGCUGUGGCCAGCUACCACAGCUGA